AAUUAUUCGAGGGAGAAAGAAGUCCUGAAGGGAGGAGGGGUUUAAGAGAAAGAGGUUUAAGAAAAACCCAUGGGAGGCAACCAGUCCACGCCUUCUUCAUCAUCAAACCCUAAUUCUCCCAGCGCCACCACCAUGCCAUCUUCAAAUUCACCUUCAACAACCGAAUCGAAGCCCCAAUCGGAGCUGUUCCCUGAACCAGAACAGCCGGCAUCCCAAACCGGAGCUCAAGGAUCGUCAGAUCCGCCACCGCCAUCGGAGGUACCGCCGGAGAAUUCAGAAAUCAAAGAAGGCGGCGGCGCGGCAGAAGGGGAGGAGGAGGAUGAAGACAAAGAGGAAUGUGGGUUUUGCAUAUUUAUGAAAGGCGGUGGUUGUGCCAAGGAGUUUACUGCUUGGGAGAAGUGUGUGGACGAAGGGGAUCGGAACAACGAGGAUAUUGCGGAGAAGUGUUUUGAACUCACCUCUGCCUUGAAGAAGUGUAUGGAAGCUCAUCAGGAUUAUUAUGCUCCAAUUUUGGAUGCUGAGGCGGCUGCCCAUGAGAGGGCCAAGAAGGAAUUCGAGGAAGAGGAACAGAGGGAGAAAGAGAAAGAAAAAGAGGGCGUGACACAGGUCGACGAAUCUGCGACGGCGGCUAAUAAUUCUGAUAAAGGUGGAGUCUUGAGCGUCUCUGAGCAAGGCAUUGAGACCAGAGAUUCAGUCUCGAGUCCAUCUGAACAAGAGAAAAAUUAGGAGGGAUCUUGAUUUUUUUCAAUUGUGAAGCAUUUUUGAGCUGAUCGAAGUUAGGAAUGAUAUAACUUGAAUUGUGUAAGAUUCUUCUUAAGAUAAAUGACCGGAAAUUCGAAAGGUUUUUUACAACAGUGAAAUAAUUUUUCAAUCAUUUGUGGUUCAUUAUUGUAAUUUAUAGUAUUUGCACUUCGAGUUAAGAAGAGUUCUUGGUUUGUGGUUUAUAGUAUUAUUCAAUAAUUUGGUUUACUGUUCGGGUAUGUUUUCUUUUUGUUAUGUAAUCGCAUUAAAUCCGGUUGAUGUAUGUGGCUUUGGUGCCUGAUCUUGUGUUUUUGUUUGGUCAACUGAAUUAAUUAGACAUUGGCAUGGAUGAAAUAAUCUGGUUGAGAAUGUAUUGCUAGUAAAUCUUAUGCAUAAUUCAACUUUUGCAUCUUUUAAAGCUACAUACUAUUCAGUUUUGAAGGAUGAAUAUCUUCAUUGCCAU